UCAAAUGAAGUGAAGUGAAAAUUAAUACAACAUCAAAAAAUAAUAAUUAGCCAGCAGUUUUGUUAGUAAUUAGUGGAUGUUUUUGCAAAAUUGUUUGUUGCAGUGUAAUUUUUAGUAAGUGUUGUUCGUGAUGUCUGGUACAUACAAGUCUAAGGCGGAGCUGGUGGCGAUCUACCGGCUUGAGUUCUACCGCAAGCAGAAACACUGGAAGUUUUGCAGUGAUGUGCGUCGCGAGCAGCCGGAUAACCGGGACAAGGCUUCCAUGAAGAACAGCCUCAACGAGACAUAUGAUGUGGAUCUGACAGAUGUGGGAGAGGCAGGGGACGGCGGGGAGGGAGGAGACCCUGGGGGCUCACAGUCCGAGCUCAACAAGGCUUUCGUAGACAGCGGACCCGACGAGCAGUCCCCACCCCCUGAAUCACGCCCCAACACCCCCCAGAGCUGGCUCGAGCACGACCCCAACCAGACACAGGACACCUCCCCCACCCACCCCGACCGUAUCCCCACCCCCCCACCAUAUCCCCCACCCAAACAACUCCCCAGAGACAUACCAGAAGUCUGGCCUCAACCUGUGACCUGGGAGUCCCAUCAGUACAAUAGAGACAACCAAGACUUAAGAGAUAAAUGUCCAGAACUCAAUCGUAGUUACACGAAGGUGGACUGGAUGGAUUCUGAAAAGAUAUAUCCUGAGGAAAUGUACCCUGAGAAAUAUUCAGGUCUUAAGGACUGGCAAGAAGAGUGGCAGCCUCAACCAUGGGCGGAGUGCGGGGCGACGUGGGGUGAGCCGGUGUGGGGGGAAACGGGGUGGCCGGAGGUUGGGGGGGAGCUUCCCGAGUUGGAUCGUGGGGCCGGGGGUGGGGGGGAGGACACGUGGCCGUUGAUGGGCUGGGAUGUGCCCGGGGUUACUGAUGCUGUGUGGUCAGACGACGUGGCCCGCGAGCUGGCGGCGCUGGCCGCCCCGCUGCAGCCGCCCGGCCCCGCCGACACGUCGGCCGACUGCUCGCCCGACACGUCGUGCGACAGUGCCGUCGUGCUGUUCACGCGCGGCGCUCACUGCGCGCCGCACUCCUCCGAGCUGGACCUGCACGCACAGCUUGAUGCUACUGACGCAGCGAGCGCACCACGCAUCGCCUAG